UUGUUUACUUUUUGUGGCUCACCGGUUUUCCGGAAAAACGAACGAAAAACCAAGGAAAAUCUGCGGAAAACCCUGCUGGCGAUGAUCCACGAUAUCCUGUUCACACUAUUCUCCUCCAAUGCGGAACUACCGAUCGAGAACUUCACGAUUCCGGAGGUUGCUUCCACCUUUCUGCAUCCGGGCGAAGUGAAGAUCCUAGAGGAGUUGAUACGCAUCGCAAACCAGUACAAGGACAUCAAACGAUUCGUGCAACAGUAUGGCACGGUAACGGCUGGAUUGCUGAAACCGAAGCAGCAGAAACCGACGGAGGAACCGCUUCUGCAGGGCCUCUAUUUGCAAGCGUUUGUAGAUGGACUGGAGUUGGUGGUGAAACCGUACCGUGAUCUGGUCGUUGAGUUGGAAGCGAAAUAUCUCAGUCGUCCCCACCUAUCGCUGAUGUUCAUCUUCCACCAAGUGAGCCAGUAUCGGCCGCUGUUCGACUUUCUGCUGCAACUGAUAAGUGGCGUCGUCACACAGCGUAUCCAUGGCUGUGCCUUGCUUCCCUACCUACAGCAGUACUGUCUGCAUGGCAACGAUGCAAACUACCAAGCGGUCAAAACAAUACAGAAAUCGAUCUAUGCGAUUUUCCUCAAGCAGCUGUACGGUUGGUUGUUGCAUGGUAAAUUCGUCGAUCAGUACGGCGAGUUCUUCAUCCAACAGAUGGAAAGCCUGCCGAAAGCAUCCAUCACGACCCACAGCGGUGGAAUAGGAACGCAGCGAGCAGCUUCCGUAAACACAUGCUCCGACAGUGCUAGCAUUAAUUCAGAACUGUGGCGCUACGAGAUCCGACAUGAAAUGCUGCCCUACUACUUUCCUGCUAGCUGGGCCGAAAAGGUCCUGUUUGUUGGACAAACCGUGCUGAUGUUUAACUUCGAUCCGCGUCAGCACAACGCUGAACGGCGUUCGGGAGAGAGGAAGCAAAGCAACAAGGGUGCCGCACGGCUGGUCGCAACCAAAGACAGUCUAUGGGGAACCCAGGAACACGAGUUGUUCCGCAAGUUUCACCAGUUGCAGUGUGAUGAGAAUCUCAGCGUGACCAAGUUCGAACAUCUGGUGGAUGAAAUCAAGGAGAAGGUCACGCAGCACAUGUCGGUGAUCGUGAUCGAGGAAGCGGCUCUUGUUCGGCAACUGCGUCUCAUGAAGGAUUUCUUUCUACUCGGCCGCGGGGAACUGUUUUUCACGUUUCUUGAGCAAACGCAAUCUCUAAAGCUGCUCAUUGGUCGCGAUAUCACUGACGGAACGACACGCGAUCUGAACCGAGCGCUGCAACUGGCUGCCAACAGCCUCAACGUUGGUGAAGAACUUGAGCAAUUUUCGUUUGAACUGCCAGGGAACGAUGAAUUGCGGAGCAAGUGCUACGAUAGCAAGAGCGCCAUCGGGCAUAUCGUGUUAAAGUAUAAAGUGCAGUGGCCAUUGCAUCUGCUGUUUUCACCGAAGGUGCUGGAUCGGUACAAUGAAAUGUUCCGUUUUCUGUUGCGCAUUAAAAAACUACAGCACGACCUGGUGCAUGUCUGGUCGUACCAGCGUGAGAAGCGCAUCCGGCACAAUCAGGACGUGGUGCAGUUGCGCAACAAGUUAAUGUUUCUCGUCAACAACCUACAGUACUAUCUGCAGGUAGAUGUCCUCGAGAGCCAGUUUGCGGUGCUCAUGGCGACGGUCACGAAUCCAUCGAAACCGGCUGAUUUCGAGCGGAUCCAGCGGGCACACACGAUCUACCAGGCUAAUGUGCUUAGUUUGUGCUUUCUCCUGAAUAACUCAACGGCCGGGACGGACCCUUCGGCGGCACUAGGAAUGACUACGAUGGACGCAGGCAUAAUACAGAUCCAGGAGAAUCCAGUGCUAACCAUCCUCGACAGUAUUCUUUCGAUCGUUGAUCGGUUCUGCUCGUUCUGUGUCGAUUGCGAAGAUCCGAUGACAAAGAUACAGCGCCAGGAAUUCACUCGUUACGAGCAAGGGUUCAUGAGCCACGUCGAUUCGCUGCUGAAACUACUGAUCGGUCUAAAGGCUGGCCCAAGCAGUGCUCCCUUGUCGCAGCUACUAUUGCGUUUAGACUUUAACCAUUGGUUCAGUAUGCAGGUCAACGAGUGACCGCGAAUGAACUGUUUCUAUUCGAUGAGAUAUUGGAGUUAAAU